UCCAACCGCACGUGUCUUCACAACAAGUUUUAUUUACAAAAUAAACAUGUUACGAAACAAAAACUACAUAUAUGGACCGACGGAUAUAGACGUCCCUUCACAUUUACAUUUAGGGCAUUAUAUGUUGGAUAGAUUGAUGGAAUUCGAGAGUGGAAAAAUCAUAAAUGGACAAACCGACGAAACAACAACCCUAGGUCAGCUGGCCCAGCACUCUAUGAAUCUAGCCGUCUCGCUCACACACAUGGGCAUUAGAAAGGGAGAUGUGAUAGGGUUGUGCUCAGAGAAUCGCAUUGAGUUUUGGAGUUCUGUUAUAGGCACUGUACUUUCAGGGGCCGCAUUGACUGCUAUUAAUAUGAAUUAUACAAAAGGCGAAAUCACCCACGUGCUCUCCAUAUCAAAACCAAAAUUCAUCAUCUGCUCCGAAACAGCAUAUAAAACUCAUGAAAAAACCUUCAAAUCUUUGCGACACAUACAAAAAAUCAUAACCUACGGUGACAAUAAAGAGGUGUCCUACCACGAGUUGAUAUCCAAGAAUGUGAAGUUUGAUGACUUCGUGGCCACUGAAGUGAGAGGGCAAGAUGAUUUGGCGUUCAUUCUGUACUCUUCUGGAACUACUGGGUUGCCGAAAGGGGUGAUGUUGACGCAUUUGAAUUGUUUGAAUACUUUUUGCCAUCUUUUCAGUCCCCGAGUGGAGGUCCCAUUCGAGCCCAUAGUGCUGACGGUGAACCCGUGGUUCCACGCUAUGGGGCUCAUGGGGGGGCUCAUGGGGUUCUCACACGGGAGAACUACCGUGUUCCUGCCAAGGUUCCAGAUGGACCUGUACUUGAGAACCAUUGAGAAGUAUAAGGUGACAGUAGCGCAAGUGGUGCCCCCUAUACUGGUGGCGUUGACGAAGACAGAGAUCAAGUACGACGUCAGCUCAGUCAUGAUAGUUUACUGCGGGGCGGCGCCACUGGGGAGUGAAGUUAGCAACGCUAUACAGAAGAUCUUCCCAAACGCAAUGCCAGUUCUCCAAGCGUACGGCAUGACGGAAUGUACGCUGGCCAUCACCAGAAACGUCAACAUCUUCCAAGCCAUACCGGGGUGUGUGGGCGAAGCUACCUACACUGUCGUCAUUAAGGUCAUAGACACAGAAACCAAGCAGCCUCUAGGACCUCACAAGCCAGGCGAGGUCUGCGUCAAAGGUGGAGUCGUCAUGAAAGGUUACGUGGGCAAAGACAGGCGAGAAGAUUUCGAUGAGGAAGGAUUCUUCAGGACUGGAGAUGUCGCGUACUAUGAUGAUGAGGGGAACUUUUACAUUGUGGAUCGGUUGAAGGAGCUUAUUAAAUAUAUGGGAUUUCAGGUGGCUCCAGCAGAAAUUGAGGCCGUUCUCCUGCAGCACCCAGCAGUUCGUGACGCAGGUGUAGUGGGGGUCCCCGAAGCGCAGGCGGGAGAGGUACCGCGAGCGUUCGUUGCUCUGCAACCUGGUGCUGAAGCAGCUGUUGAGGAGUUGCAGGCUUUUGUUGCUGAGAGGCUCUCCAAGCCGAAGCACCUGCGAGGCGGGGUGCGAUUCGUACCAGAUAUCCCCAAGAACCCGAGCGGCAAGAUCAUGCGUAAAGAGUUGCGCAAGCUAGCUCAGGAGAAGAGCAAACUUUAGGAGGCUUAGCGUAUGGCCUGAGUGGACGCUUGGAGCGAAGCGUUCGGCGGAGCGAGCAGCGGGGCGGGCGAGUUGCGUCCACCCUAGGUACCGUCCACCCCCAGGCGGCGCGGCGCACGCCGAUCGACGCGUCGCCUGGGGCGCGCCAAGCGACGUCCCUUGCGCGUCCUUCCUAUACAAAAUGUACUGAGGAGACGUUUUUUAAAUUACAUUCAGGCGGC